AUGUCUUCUAAGCGAUUUUCGAAGAUUAUAAAUCGGAAAUCAGGAGAAUUUGAUAGCGUGCUUAAUUCACUGAGUUUCUCCUCUUCUGCUGACAAUAAUAUUGUUGGACUUGACGAAGCUCUUCAAGAAUUCGCAGUAAAGAAGGCUCAGGCUGUCAGAAGACGUCGAGGGCCUAUUGAAGGUAUUCCAGAUGAUGAUUCAACUUUAGAACAAUUUGAAAUUGCGGAGGAUGCUAUGCUUAGUGCGCAUAUUUGGGAUGAUGAAACCAAUGGUUACAAUCUUUCUAGAUCUGCUCCCGCAAACGUUUCUCAUCCUAUUCUUAGAAUCGAACUUUCUUUUGAUAAAAUCUCUCACCUCGAUUCAAUUGAAUCCAUGUUUUACAAGAAUCGUGAGGAGGAGGAGGAGAACGAGAUUGGCGCAGAUUUUGAACGCAUCUGA